AUAAUAAUAAGAAGAAGACCCUGGUGCGUUCGUGAAUGAAUGCUUGGCAGUGUUUGAAUAUUUUAUUGACCCUGCCGGCUAGUUCUGUUAUAUAUUGCAUGGUAUAAUAAUAAUCAUCUUUUACAUAAGUAAAAUAUAUAUAACAAAAUGGCAGGAAGUGCUGGAGAGUGGUGUCUCAUGGAAAGUGACCCUGGAGUUUUCACAGAACUGAUAAAAGGCUUCGGAUGCAAAGGAGCACAAGUUGAAGAGAUAUGGAGCAUGGAGCCAGAGAACUUUCAAAAUCUCAAACCAGUUCAUGGCUUAAUAUUUCUCUUCAAAUGGCAACCUGGUGAGGAGCCAGCUGGCUCCAUUGUUCAGGACUCUAGACUCGACCAGAUCUUUUUUGCUAAGCAGGUCAUCAACAAUGCCUGUGCGACCCAAGCAAUAGUCAGCGUGCUAUUGAACUGCUCUCAUCCUGACAUGCACCUUGGUGAAACACUGACUGAGUUCCGAGAGUUCUCGCAAAGUUUUGAUGCUGCAAUGAAAGGUCUUGCUCUCAGUAACUCUGAAGUAAUUCGACAAGUUCACAACAGCUUUGCCAGGCAGCAGAUGUUUGAGUUUGAUGCGAAAUCAUCAGCAAAAGAUGAAGAUGCUUUUCAUUUUGUGAGCUAUGUGCCUGUGAAUGGUAGACUCUAUGAAUUAGAUGGACUUCGUGAAGGACCUAUUGACCUCGGCACGUGCAACCAAGAAGACUGGAUCAAUGCAGUUCGGCCAGUAAUUGAGAAAAGAAUACAAAAAUACAGUGAGGGAGAAAUCCGUUUCAACUUAAUGGCCAUCGUAUCUGAUCGCAAGAUGAUUUAUGAGCGUAAAAUUGCAGAGCUACAGGCUCACCUAACAGAGGAAGAGCCAAUGGAUACAGACCAAAGUACUAAUCUUCUGAGUUCCAUCCAGUCAGAGAUCGCCAAGUACCAGCUCCUGAUUGAUGAGGAGAACCAGAAAUUAAAGAAAUAUAAAAUUGAAAACAUUAGAAGAAAGCACAACUACCUACCCUUCAUCAUGGAAUUACUGAAGACUCUUGCUGAAUAUCAACAACUGAUGCCAUUGGUUGAAAAGGCUAAAGAAAAGCAAAGCGCCAAAAAGAUUCAAGAAGCAAAGUAGUAACAACACACUUUCCAGUACUUUGUGUAAUUUCCCACAAUAUCUUUCAAUGUACUUUUGCCAUCUGUAAUAAUAAUAAUAAUAAUAAUAAUAAUAAUAAUAAUGACACCUACAAACUGAACUAAAGUGUGGUGCUUGCUGUGAUGUUCAUAAGACUUCAUGUUUGCAUGCAAAAUUGUUUAAAUAAACAUGUCUUAUUUUCA